UGGCGGCCGCUUCGGCGUCCUCCAAUCACAGUGCAUCUUUUAGUCCGAAAUGCAUUUACUAGGGAAGCGAAUCUAGUUCUGAGAGAAAAUGAUAGUUCAGAGAUCACAUGGGAGUCUUUAAAACAGAUUUUGAGAUUAAGAUUUUGGAAGCGUGACACUUCUGCAUCAUUAUCUGGCCGAGAGUGGUUGUCGGGAAGGAGCGGAAGUGAGGCUUUAUCGAGAGAGGAAGUGUGGCAUUUAGAAAUCAGUGUUUACGGUCGAGGUGGGAAGGGUAGCCUCAGCUUUCAUUUUUGAUUGGGCAAAGUGGGAGGCGUGGUUUCAGGCCUCGAAUGUGAUUGGUCGGAAAUGGAAUGCCGUUGCACGUUUGUGGCCUAGUGUUCCUGUAGUCGGAAGUGUGGCUUACUCCAGGCCCACCCGUACGCCGAGACCGGAAGUGCGGCGCUCGUGUGUAAAUUUGGCACGUAGGGUCCGGCGUUCAUGCAGAGAUUUUGGUUCCCAACAUAUUUGAUCACGGUGUCUGCUCGGAAUGGAAUUGUAGUUUUAGAUCAGAUUCUUAGGUUUUCGGACACAAAAGAUAAUGGCAGACUCGAAGUUGCUGGUGCCGGAGCUAAGCGAUACAGACGCGAUGGGCGCUGAGACGGCGCGCUUCGAGGAGCUGCUGCUGCAGGCCUCCAAGGAGCUACAGCAAGCCCAGACAACCAGACCAGAGUCUACACAGAUCCAACCUCAGCCUGGUUUCUGCGUAAAGACCAGUUCAUCGCAAGGGAAGGUUUUCAUCAACAUCUGUCACUCUCCUUCCAUCCCUCCUCCUGCUGACGUGACUGAGGACGAGCUGCUUCAAAUGCUUGAGGAGGACCAAGCUGGGUUUCGCAUCCCCAUGAGUCUGGGAGAGCCUCAUGCCGAACUGGAUGCAAGUCAGUGCUCUCAGGGACCCAGGAGUCUAGAAAGCCAGGGCUGUACCGCCUACGACGUAGCUGUGAACAGCGACUUCUACCGGCGGAUGCAGAACAGCGAUUUCUUGCGAGAGCUCGUGGUCACUAUUGCCAGGGAGGGUCUUGAGGACAAAUACAAGCUGCGUCUGAAUCCGGAAUGGCGCAUGUUGAAGAACCGGCCUUUCCUGGGCUCCAUCUCGCAACAGAACAUCCGCUCCCAGCAGCGUCCACGGAUCCAGGAGCUGGAGAGCCUGUACACGCCGGACUUCCCUUCCCCAGCAGCUCAGGAAGGCCCUGAGAAGCCUCACCUGAACCUCUGGCUGGAAGCCCCUGACCUCCUCUUGGCUGAAAUUGACUUCCCCAAACUGGAUGGAGUCUUGGGGCUGUCGCUGGAGAUUGGGGAGAACCGCCUGGUGGUAGGGGGCCCCCAGCAGCUGUACCAUCUGGACACCUACAUCCCCGUGCGGAUCAACUCCGAGGAGAGCAAGGCAGCCUUCCACCGGAAGAGGAAGCAACUGUUGGUGGCGAUGCCCCUUUUGUCAGUGCCUUCUUGACCAGGAAGUCUCCCUGUGUUUUCAAGAGUGGAAAAGAGGCUGUUGUCUUCUCUAAGACAAUUUGGAAUAAAAGAUUUUUGCCUUC